AUGGACUACGUAUAUUGUCAGGGCGCCGGUACAGGUGUGGUGCAGCAAACUGGAUGUGCAACCAGAGGCAUCAUCCAAAAUCAACUAAUUCCGGGCCAAGAGCGCAAAUACAGUGUUACACGCGAGAAUCUUGUCGUCGAGCAAAUCAAGACGGUUGAAAGAGCUCAGAUGCUCGCUCUUGUAUAUGCACUGGGUUUGGCUCACGGAACAAUUAAACGAGAUUGUCCGAAAGUCUUUCAAUUGCAAAAAGGCACGAUCUUUUCUGAGUCGCCGAAGGUCGUCCAGACCAUCAAGCAUCACAUUAAAUACGCUCCCGAUAGUCUUGGGGACGUAACAAGCACUAAUGACCGCUCAAUCAUCAAAAGAGUCAUUGCUGGAGUCCAUAGACUAUCACGCCGUGGCCUCGAAGUUGCCAUAGCUAUCUCUAGCGAAAAGGCCAAAGCAGGGAAAAAGGCAAGGAAAAUGGCGAGACAAAGGGGCCGUAAAGCUUGUAGAAGCCGUCAUCGGCUUCGGUUGGCUCAUACUAAUUUGGUCGAAGAGCAGGAGGAAGCUACGGGAGAUCAAGGGACUUUCGAGCUUGUUACUCGGGCGAAGUAUUCCAUUGUGCUACAAGCUUCAAUUACACCCUCGCUAUCCAAACCUAAGUUGAGACCAGAACUUAACAAUAUGUACACGACCAGAUACGAUGAGACCAAAAUGGCACAAUCACGUCGCUUGUCGCCGAUCAUCCUCUGA